GAGACAGUAAGCAGCAUGAACAUGUUCUCCUGUUGGACUCUUCCAUCUGACGAAGACGAGCCGCACAGGCGGGUAAACGAACCGGAGAAGAAGGUAAAGAAGAGAAAAUGGUGGCAGAGACACCAGAAGGUGGAGAUGCAGGACAGGGAGGGUGAGAAGGGAAACGGGGUAAAGGGUGAAGAGAUGGGGCAAGGAGUGGAGCAGAAGGUUUUAGAGGACCAGGCAGACCAAAUACCAAUGAUGGAGAAGCAGGGGGUUCUGGGAAAAAACAAACCUGAGAAGAAGGUAAAGAAGAGAAAAUGGUGGCAGAGACGCCAGAAGGUAGAGAUGCAGGACAGGGAGGGUGAGAAGGGAAAUGAGGUAAAGGGUGAAGAGAUGGGGCAAGGAGUGGGGCAGAAGGGUUUAGAGGACCAGGCAGACCAAACACCAAAGAUGGAGAAGCAGGUGGUUCUGGGAAAAAACAAACCUGAGAAGAAAGUAAAGAAGAGAAAAUGGUGGCAGAGACGCCAGAAGGUAGAGAUGCAGGACGUGGAGGGUGAGAAGGGAAAUGAGGUAAAGGGUGAAGAGAUGGGUCAAGGAGUGGGGCAGAAGGUUUUGGAGGACCAGGCAGACCAAACACAAAAGAUGGAGAAGCAGCAGGUGGUUCUGGGAAAAAACAAACCUGAGAAGGUAGAGAUGCAGGUGGCCCCACGGGACCUGGUGGAAGAACCAGAACAGGUCGUUCUAAAGGACCAGAGGAGGAAACCAGUAGACAAGGUGGUUCUGGUUUUUGAGAUUGAGAUGAAGAAAUUAGUGCAGGUGGACCCAGUGGAGCAGGUGGACCCAGUGGAGCAGGUGGACCCAGUGGAAAAACCUGACCAGGUCGUGAAAAAGGUAGAGAAACAGGUGGCCCCGCUGAACCUGGUUGAAGAACCAGAGCAGGUCAUCCUGAAGAACCAGUGGAUGGGACAUGUAAAAAAUAAGAUUCAUUGCAUAGAGAAUGAGAUAAAGAAGGAGGAGAGGCAGGUGGACCCGCUAAACCUGGUGGAAGAACCAGAGCUGGUCAUCCUAAAGGACCAGGGGAAGGGACAGGUAAAAAAUAGGGUGUGUUUUAUAGAGAAUGAGAUGAAGAAGGAGGAGAGGCAGGUGGACCCGCUAAACCUGGUGGAAGAACCAGAGCUGGUCAUCCUAAAGGACCAGGGGAAGGGACAGGUAAAAAAUAGGGUUAGUUUUAUAGAGUAUAAGCUAAAGAAGGAGGAGAGGCAGGUGGACCCAGUGAAUAAAACAGACCAGUUCGUGAAGAAGGAGGAGAGGCAGGUGGCUCCGCUGAACCUGGUGGAACAACCAGACCAGGACAUGAAGAAGGAUCCAGCAGCUUUGGAGGACAAAAUAUGGAAACUGAAAGAGCAGAACCUGGAUAGAGGAAGCACUGAAGAUCUACUGAAGAACGUCUCCGAGGUGUCUUCAAACAAACCGGACCACGAGCAGCUGCAGGACGACGUUCUUGUUCCCCCCAUCGUUGAAGCCCAACCUGGAGAGUCCGGGGCUCUGAUGAAGACCGCGUGUGAAGAUGAAGGUGUCCCGAUGCCGAAGUCGAGGAGAACCAGCCUGAGAACCAAACGGUUCCAGUUCUUCAACGUCUGAAGCUGAGGUGGUGACGAUCCGGAGAUCAUCCAAUCACACGCCGACUUUUCCAACAUCAAAAUAACAAUAAAGUGCCUUCAUGAA